UUAAAACAAAACACUAUUAUUGAUAUUAAGCUAAGAAAACAAUACACAUUAAUUAAAAAGUAAAAAUUUAUAAUUAAAAAAUGCUAACUUUUAUCAGAAAACACAUCGAGUUUAAGCACUGGAUGUACUUGGUGGUAUCGGUGCUACUGGUGGUGGUGUUUGUCAUAUAUCUAAGCCAUGUCUACACCGAUGAUAAGCCUAACGAUGUGUACCACUUGAGCACCAGCACCGACAACAGCAACACCCAAUUUACCAUAACCAACUUGACAGGUGCUCAGGGGGCUGAGCAAACAAAACCAACACCUAGUUAUUACAUCGUUUCAGUCGUGGUAAAUCGGGCUCACAUUUACCGCAUUAUUACACAAACUCUCCUCACAAAUGAAAGCGAUUACAGUAUAGACUUUCCCGACUUUGGUCCCGACCACGAGAGCACCGGCGAUACCAUCACCUCAGUCUAUGUGGAGGUGUCGGUGGACAACGAGGUCAUGGGUGGUACGCCCAGCCGGUCCGACACGUGGGAACCGGUCUGGGAUUAUAAGGCGGUCGAUGGCGUCAAUGUGACCAUUAAUAGUGUGGUUGAGUUAACCCUAUACUACUUUAUGGGCCCGAUGUCUGAGCAAAUUGACCACGUGAUUGUGCCCGUACGCCAAUUGGUGAUCAUGGGUUCAAAUGGCCGCUCAGAGAGGGGUAGUGUCAAUCCGUCCAACGGUUCCGCACUUCUCGGGUCAGUACCGGUGAAUUUGUGGACAGCUGUGAAGUCUAGUUCCAUAUCCUUCACGCUUUUCAAUAAACCUUUAAUCGAUAUAUUAGUAAAGGCAUGGGUGGACAUUUCUGAAUAUGAGAUCAAGUUCAAAGAUAACACGGGACCUGGACCUGGACACUUUCUUUACGAACACAUAUACUAUGACGUGAAAUAUCAAAGUAAACCUACAAAUGAUUUGAAUGCACACAGUCUGACCCGGUUUACGCGCACGUGGUCAAAUGACAGAUGGCAGCAUUAUAUAGCUAAUGGCGAUAAAUCGUUGGAAUUUUGGUUCCACACGGGAAAAUACAUAUCAAACAAUGUAUUUGAAGCAUCUAUCGAAUAUGACACAGGACAUGGCUGCUAUGAAAUUGAGAACCAAUUCAAGUCGGGUUUCCGAGAGUUGUCCGAAACCAACAAAUCUUACAGCGAUUUCCGGCGCCAAUUGUUUUCAUUGAAAACCGAGAUUAAUGUCAAACCCUUUACUAAUAUAUCGAUUAAAGGUUUAUUGAAAAGCGUGAAGGAUAUGGAACUAGACUUCACAGCUGUCCACAAAUUCACCGGUACUGACCCGAGAAGUGCGGAACCGUUGGACGGAUUGACACUGUUUUUGUUGAGUGGAAAACAACACAACAGAUAUGGCAUUACUAUAGACAACGACUCACUUGUGGUCAAUCAAAAGGGCUUAUAUCGGGGUUCGUUUGGUAUCGAAGCCUACACUCAUAUAAAACAACUAAAACUAGAUAGAAAUCAACCUGUUUAUGCCGUGUUAAAUGAUGAAUAUUAA